GUGGAGUGUGGACGUGUUAGUACCUACAUAAUAUUUCGUCUGUCAUUUUGAUUGUGUUGUGAAUUUUAUCAACCGCUUUCUAGUUUUGUCAAUAUGACAUGUUUUUGGAUCUUAGAAUGAAUAUUAGAGAAGGAGUGCACUAAUUUUGUUGAGUAAAAGUAUUCUGUGCUUAUAAUAUUUUUAUCGGGUAUCGUAAUAAUCGUUAAUAAUUAUUUGUAUGCUAAUUAUUUUUGUUUAGUGAGUACAAAGUCUAAAGUCGUACGUAAAGUAAAGAAGAUAAUUAACUAAAACAUUCAGUUCAGUAUUAAAAUAAGAGGUCACAGUAGUGUUGUUUCAAAUUUGUUAUAAAUAUUAUUAAUUUAUUUCAAAGUGGGUACGCUGGGUAGGAAACCACCUUAAACAUUAUUGUUUUCAGAAAUUAAAAAUCAUGACAACAUUAAGAAAGGCUUUUAGUCAAGUAUUAAGAAAAAACAGUGUUUAUUCAACCUCCUUUUUACAUAACAGUACUGAUUCAAAAGUGUUAAAAUCUGUUUUCAAAGAUAUUGAAGAUGUAAAUUAUACUAUUAAUCAGUUUGUUUGGCAAAACUUAGAUAAAUGGCCUGAUAAAACCUUUACGGUUUGUGCAUCAACAGGUCAUGGGUACACAUAUGCACAAACACACAAAAUGUCUGUCCAGCUGGCUGCUUCGUUACGAUUGAAGCUAAAAUUACAGAAUGAUGACACAGUUGCAAUAAUUCUUCCUAAUGUGCCCGAGUAUCCAUGUGUGUCAUUAGGUGUUUUGGAAGCAGGUUGUAUUGCUAGCUUGAUGAAUCCGGCCUACACAGCAGAUGAACUAAAACGCCAGCUAGAACAAAUCAACUGUAAAGCGAUAAUAUCAUCAAAAUUAUCCUACAAAAAUAUCAGCGAAGCACUGAAGACUAUCAAACGUAAUGUACCAGUCAUAUUAAUUGAUAACGACGCUUUGCCCGAAGGCACUAUACGGUUCGCAGAGUUCGCGAAUGAUUUCAACGUGAACACAGAUUGUUUGAAAGCAGUUAAAAGAAGUGCGGACGAUGUUGCUAUAUUGCCGUUUUCCAGCGGCACUACGGGAUUCCCGAAGGCUGUUGUGUCGACGCAUCGGUCCAUUGUGGCUUUUAAUAAGAUGAUUUAUGAUCCAAACGUUAUUGAAGUUGAAGAGGCUACAGCAACAUAUCAGUCAGUGCUGCCGGGAGUUCUCCCCUUUUUUCACAUUUUCGGCUUCAAUGUCCUAAUGUUGAAUCUCAUGUGUUUGGGAGUGAAGCUAGUGACAAUAAGUCAUUUCAAACCUGAAGUGUUCUUGGAGACCAUUGUGAGGCACAGGACUCAGCAUUUGUACGCAGUUCCUCCUAUGAUAUUGUUCCUUGGCAAGCACCCUGCGGUCACACCAACCCACGUACAGUCUCUACGGUCCAUAGUAUGUGGAGCCGCAAGCCUUUCCAGCAACGAUGCUGAAGCUCUCAUCAAGAAAAAUAGGAACAUAAACUUCCGUCAAGGUUACGGUCUGACAGAGACUAACGGCGGGAUAUCGGUCGGACGGAAGGGCGAUAAAAACCUCACCGCCCUCGGGCAUGUCUUCGGUAGCUGCGAGGUCAAGAUUGCUGAUCUGGACACUCAAGAGACCCUGGGACCUGAUCAAGAAGGUGAGAUUUGGUUCCGUGGUCCGAGUGUAAUGCGUGGCUAUCUCAACAACGAAGAAGCGAACCGCGAAGUAUUCACUGAGGACGGGUGGCUCAAAACCGGCGACAUUGGGAAAUAUGACGAAAACAAAUAUCUGUAUAUCACCGAUAGACUUAAAGAGCUUAUUAAGGUCAAAGCAUUCCAAGUGCCGCCCGCAGAAUUGGAAAUGGUUCUACGGACACAUCCAAAGGUGUUAGACUGUGCAGUGAUCGCCAUCAAAGAUGAAAUUACCGGCGAGGCUCCGAAAGCGUUCGUUGUCACUAAGCCAAAACAAACUGUCGACGCCAAGGAGUUAAUGAAGUUCGUUAACCAGCAGUUAGCAACAUUUAAGAAGAUCAAAGAACUGCAGUUUGUGGACGAUAUACCCAAGAACCCGGCGGGUAAGAUAUUGAGGAGGGUUUUGAAAGAUAAAUAUUGUUAAAGGAGGUAUUGCUAGUUGUAAGAAAAAAUCAUUAUAUUAUUUUUUGUUACGAUGUUUUAAUAUGUUUUAUAUUUGCUUGUGUUUAUUAGAUUUUUGAGGAUUUAUAAAGGUUUGGGAAUGAUAUUAGGAUAUUGUAAGUUUAAGUUCUAUGGUAGGUAUAAAUAAAUAGGUUUUAUAAAUUUUAUAUUAAUUGUGUGAUGCAAAUUCAAAUUUUUUUAAUCGCAUAGAAAACAAAACUCCAUAACUCAUAUUAGUUAUUUAUGCAACUGUUGUGUAAUAAGGGGUAUUAAAACACGAACGUGGGUUUGUUACACGAGGUGAAGCCGAGUGAUAAUAGUUUCACAGACUGUUUUAAUACCUAAUUAUCAACAGUUGCAUACAACACUUUAUCUACACCCAUAAUAUGAAUCCUCUAUAAAAAGAUUCUGAAACAGUUAGCAUCAAUAUCAUCCAAAGGAGUGUUAUUAUGAAAACGGACGAUUUAAUGUUGUACUGAAUUUCAUUACAACACUCGUUUGGAUGAUAAGAUAAUAUAAACUUUAUUUGCAUUGAAUAGGUUUCAAUACAAGAUGGCAUUGUACAAAUGUUUACAGUUUGCUAUUCAGCUCUAUACAAAGCAUGAUACAAGUCAGAGAUUUACAAUUAUUUAUAUAUAUAAGAAAUUUAAAUAUCUAUGAUGUAAUGGUUAUUAAGACAUUGGGUGUUGUAAUGUUGGCAAUAAGCUAACUGUUUUAGAAUCUUAAAUAGAGGAUUUAAAGCAUGGGUGUAGAUAAAUAUAAUUAUAUAAUGAAUUAUUUAUCUAGAUUAGUGUAGCGACAGUAUAGAUUUCACCUUUCUCUAUAUUGUGGCUACGACAUAAGAUAUUGACAGUGUGAUUAGCUAAAUAUAUUGACUAUACUAGGUAUAUAGUAUAGUGUGAAGUAAUAGAAUAUACUAGAGGGAUUUUUAUCUAUUAUCAUCACGGUGUCGGAAAUUCACACUCAUUAUUUGAAUUUAAAUACUACCCUACAAUCCGCAAAUAAUUCGUUUGAAUCCACAAUUUUUGUGAGUAUAUAAUAAACAUAUACAAGCUGUUUAUAUUUUCGAAUCUAAGGUACUUAUAUAUGGCAUGACGCAAUAAUUCAUUGUAAAAUAUAUUUUGUUUCAUAUAACCAUUACAAAAUCUACAAUUUUUUACUUAAACAAAGAUCUGAUUUUUACUGACGUUUAUUCUCUAACGGCCGUUCCCAAUAUUCAGUCUAUCUCUUACUUGAGAUAAAAAAUCGUAACUAUCGUUGACUUUUCUUUCCCAAUAAACUUAUCGACGGUAACUCACCUUAUCCGUACGCGCUGUCUGUCAGUGGAACGACGUAUAACUUACCAGCGAUAGAUGUUUUUCCGGAAAUUGCAAUUCACUCGUCCCAAUAUAAGGCGAUAAGAAUGACUUAUCGGGUAUAUUGGGACAGCUUCAGAUUAUUGACAGCUAAUUACUGACAGUAGAAGGUAGUAAUUUAUCUCUAUCUGUAGAUAGUGUAUUGAGAACGGUCGUUAUAGACCUUUUUAGAACCCUAGAUAGAUUGUUUUUUAAUCAAAAUAAAUCGUUAAUAAUCGCGCGUACUUGUCUAUGGUGCUAUAUUAUGUUGGUGAUUUGGAAAUUUUAACAGUUUAAGUGACAGUUUGGGAACUAAAUGACGUCACAUGCCAUGAUUGGUCUUUCAGUGUCACAUGACUUGGACUAAUAAUUUUAUGUAAGAUUGUUCUCUAAAACAUGUUUAUUUUUAUAUAUAGUAUUAUUAUAUAUAGAAAUAUUUGUGUAUAUAAUAUAGAUAUUUUAUCGUACUUUUUCAUUUUUAUAAUAAUUGCAUACUUGCGAUACCACCUUGUCAAAUAUAAAAUAGAUUCUCCAUGUUUAGAUAUUAAUAAUCUGUAUAUAAUAAUAAUAUUACAAAUCACUGCCUGGAAAUAAACAAAGAAAAUUAUCAAGUUAUGUACAUACCUGUUCUCUUAGAUAAAUUAUACGUCUAGAUAGUCUAUUGCUGCUAGACAACCGAUGAAAACAGGCCAGGUUUAUUACUUUAGUGUGUGUGACAAGUUACGUCUUACAAUCGCGAUUUGUAUGUUUUUUUAUAUUAGUGUGCGUGUUUUGCUCAAAAGAGUUUAACAGUCAACCUCAAUAUUUUUUCCACGUUUUCACGGCUUUCAUAGUCAAUCUAGACGUAUAAAUGAUAAAAGCCUAUUUAAUGUUAUAAAAAGGAUAUUCUGUGAUAAAGAGGACCAAUACUUAUAAAUAUUUUUUUGUAAUUUUACUUAUUAAACGAUGCUUUAGUGAAGAUCUUAAAGUAUGUGCUUGUGAACAUGAUCCAUGCGAAUUAGGCUGAGAUCUACAGACCGAACUUAGAGUUUGCUCAGACUUUACAUACCUAAAACUUAGCUGAAUGUGAUAAAAAGCGAACUUGACUUUUGCAUUGGGCAAAUGACUAUAAUCACGGAAUCAAAGAUUAUGCAUGCAUACGGGCCAUGCAGGUCUUUCGGGAAAUCGUUGACUUGUGCCAGGAAAAACUAGUGUUUUCUAUCGAGUCCUCUCUUGAUAAGGUAGCGGAAUGGGGUAAAUUGAAUCAAUCAUUAAUCUUGUCCAAUUUAACCCACAUAAGACUCAAGUUUGUGCGUUUACCACAAAAAAAAACCCAUUUGUCGUAUCACCGCUCUUCGACAACACUUCCCAUAAAGCCUCGCCUAGUAUCGGAAUACUGGUCAUCAUCAAUCAUCGUCGUCUGGAGGGCAAAGAAAAAUUGGUUUCAAAGAACCUGGGCGUCGUAAAUAGAGCACGGCAAUACUUCAAGCCGGCCCACAUUCUGUCCAAAGUGCAUUCUGUACAAAGCGCAGGUCCGGUAACAUAUGGAGUAUUGUUGUCAUCUCUGGUCUGGCACACCCCAGUAUCAGCUCGAUCCAUUUGACCGCGUGCAACGCAGAGCAGCUCGAAUUGUCGGGGACCCAGUGCUCUAUGAACGGCUCGAUCACUUGGCGUUGCGUAGAGACGUCGUGUCAUUGUGUGUCUUCUACCGCAUUUAUCACGGGGAGUGUUCCAAAGUUCUGUUUCACCUGAUUCCUGCCGCCGAAUGACACCUUCGCUUGCACGCCACAAAUUAGGAUAUCAUCCUCACCAUCUGGAUGUGUGGUGGUCCUCCACAGUGCGGUUUUCAAGGAGCUUUCGUCCACAAACUACAAAACUGUGGUAUGAGCUUCCUUGUGCGGUGUUUCCGGGACGAUACGGCAUGGGUACCUUCAAAAAAAGCACAUACACCUACCUUAAAGGCCGGCAACGCUCUACGAUUAUUCUGGUUGCAAGAGAAUGUGGGCGGCGUGAUCACUUAACACCAGGUGACCCGUAUGCUCGAUUGUCCUCCUUUUCCAUAAAAUAAAAAAAAAAGUAAAAAAAUGUUAAGUUUACACACAGCUAAUAUUUACUUAAGCAAGGUCUUAGUACGAUCUAUAAAUCUCACACUUAGUCGAAGUAUGUAUUAACCUAUGCCUUAACAAUGUCUAUAAAGUGUAUGGACAUUAUAUUAUAUAUUAAGAUAAUUGUAUCAUAUUGAAAGUAACAUAAUGAAAUAGCUUACUAAAUGGUUUAUAUCGAAUAUAAUGAUACUGUUAGUGUUAAUUUUAUCAUAUUGUGAAGUUCGAAAACAAAAUUUUAUGCACGAUGCGGGACUCGAUCCCACGACCUUCGGCGUUCCGUGCCGGUGCUCUAACGUUCACUUAAGUUAAGCGUUCGAGUGACGUAUCGUCAUAAAAUCUUGUAUGCUUUUAAAAACAUAACAAAUUGUUGAGAUUUACAAGAGCGACAUCUCAAGUCAAUUUCCUAAUAUGCAAAUAUUGGGGUUGAGCAGGUUAUCAACUGUAAAGUAGAUCCUGUAGAUGAAGCCACAACCUGAGAGUUGAACAAAGCAUACAAGAUUGUAUGACGAUACGUCACUCGAACGGUGAGCUCAGUUGGUUAGAGCGUCGUUCAUAAAAUUUUAUUUGUGUAUUAAUCCUAGAAGUGAGGGUUAUCACUUUAAAAACAUUACAAAUCAUAUUGUGAAGAUUUUCUAUUUUUAUAUUCGUAGCAUUAAGUGUAUCUUUCGAAUAUUUUUGUAUAAUGUUUAAAGUAUCCCUAAAAUUAAUAUCUACAAGUUUUAUAUAAGUGAAAACUGUGUGCAAUCGAAGUAGUUUGAAUCGUCACUCUAAAUAUUUAAUUUAAAUUACUGAAUCUACCAUAUAUUCGGAAGUAGUUCUAUGUCUCAUAAACUAUUUUAGUUAGACGGCUUAAAUUUUAACAGAAUAAUAUUUAUUUCUUAACAAAAAACAACAAUAUUUUAGACAGAUCUUUUUUUACUUAUUUUUGCUUUAGUGCUUAUUGUAAAAAUGACACUUUUGUGAUAAAAAAAAUAUUGGACUUUCUUAUUUUCAGUAAACAGUGAUAUUUUUUUUAAUAAGUGAUUGUAAAUAUUUACCCCCUUAUUCAUAAUGGUCCGCUUACUUAAAACAGCCGCUAAGGAGUGUGUUUUCUCAUUCUGACUUAGGUCAAUAGAAGAAGACAGAGUGUGAAUUAGCAAUGCUUUAAGUUAGCAGUCUAUUAUGAAUAAGGGGAUUAGUCUAGAAAUUACCGUGUAAUAUUUUUUUUUUACCAAUUCGCACAAUGAGGACGAUGCAGAUUCAAAUAAGAAUCAAAUUCGAAUUUUUCAGAUUUCUUUGUCAAUUGAACUUUAAGUCUUUAUAGUAAUUAUUAUUUUUUUAUAUGAAAAUAAGGGACAAAACGAGCAGGACGUUCAGCUGAUGGUAAUUGAUACGCCCUGCCCAUUACAAAGCAGUGCCGCUCAGGAUUCUUGAAAAACCUCAAAAAUUCAGAGUGGCACUACAACUGCGCUCGUCAUCUUGAGACAAAAGAUGUUAAGUCCCAUUUGCCCAGUAAUUUCACUAGCUUACGGCUCCCUUCAGACCGAAACACAGACUUACUACAUGACAUAUUAACAGUAGCGGACAAAUUCAUAUGGAGUUUUGUAUUUACGGCUUUUAUCGACGUAAAUUUAUUGAAGUAGGCGUUACUUUGCGGAAAUUCAUAAUUAUACAAAUGAUUUAAGUUUUCUUUAGUGUUAAUUCUUACUUACUUACUUACUUCUUUCUUUUAAACUGACCGUCAAUCUCGUGCCAGAUUUUGGCGAGACAACACGAUGCCUCGUGUAGAGGCGAAACACGUGUCGAAUUGUUUAAAAACAAAUAUUGGCGGAUCAUUCCGCCAAUAUUUGUUUUCUUUAGUGCUCAUGCACUAAAGAAAACUUAAAUCAUUUGUAUAUUAUGGACGUCCUAACUUUACAACCAAUGUAAAGACUGUUUAUAACAUUACUAUUUUAUUAUGAAGUCGUUACGUUGGCAAGUGGGAGGCUCCUUUGCACAGGAUGCCGGCUAGAUUAUUGGUACCACAACGGCGUCUAUUUCUGCCGUGAAGCAGUAAUGUGUAAUCAUUAUUGUGUAGCCAUAGCUAGUGAAAUUACUGGGCAAAUGAGACUUAUCGUCUCAAGGAGACUUGUGGAAUUGUAGUGCCGAUCAGAAUUUUUGGGAUUUUCAAGAAUUUUGAGCGGCACUACAUUGUAUUGGGCAGGGUGUAUCAAUUACCAUCAGCUGAACGUCCUGCUCGUCUCGUCCCUUAUUGACAUAAAAAUAUAUAAAAUAUUCUGUUUGUCAAAACAGUACAGUUCGGCAAUAUUCAUUUUAUGCAAUUUAAAUUGAUUAUAAUAUACUUACCCCCUUAUUCAUAAUAGUCUGCUAACUUAAAGCAUUGCUAAUUCUCACUCUGUCUUCUUCUAUCGACCUAAGUCAGAAUGAGAAAACACACUCCUUAGCGGCUGUUUAAAGUUAGCGGACCAUUAUGAAUAAGGGGGUUAUUCUAUGAGGUGCUAUAAAUUGUUAUUUCGACUUUGAAUUUGUUUAUUAUUGUUGUUGAUAGCUUGUAUAUUAUUAUGUUUAUGAAGUUGUACUAUUUACAUGAUUUAAUACUUUUGUAAUCUCUAUUAAUAAAUCUUUUUAAAAGUU